AUGCAUAUCUCGGCUAUGGUUGUUUCGGCUCUGGCCGCCGUUGCUCAGGCCGUCGACGUGCAGGUCGUCUCCGUCGCCUCGACCAACAACACGCUCAAGUUCUUCCCCGACAAGAUCAACGCCCCCGUCGGCUCCAUGGUGCAGUUCCAAUUCCGCGGCGGCAACCACUCAGUUGUCCAGUCCACCUUCGACAACCCGUGCAUCCCCAUCUCCAACGUAAACGCCUCGGCAAAGGGCGUCUACUCGGGCUACCAGCCUGUUCAAGCUUCGGCCGCUAUGGGACAAAUUCCCGUCUUCACCGUCAUGGUCAACAGCACAGCGCCCAUGUGGCUGUACUGCUCCCAGGGCAAGCACUGCCAAAACGGCAUGGUUAUGGUCAUCAACGAGAACUCCAGGGCCAACGCCACCCGUACCAUUGAGAACUACGCCCAGGCCGCAAAGAAGGUCCCUCAGGCCCAGAUCCCCGGCGGCGGCUCUGCAGGCGGCAACGGCGGCGGUUCCGCCUCUCCCACUGGCGGUGCCGGUGGUGGCUCCAACGGCGGUGGCUCUAACGGCGGUAGCGGCGGCGGUUCCGGUGCCACACCGUCCUCUCCUCCUACCGCCGGCGCCGUCUCCCUCAGCGCGCCCGGUACUUUGCUGCUCGCCCUCGGUGCCGGCUUCCUGCUCUUGUAA